GUAUACAAAGCUCUCUCUCAUUUCUAAUUACCUCUUCUCAAAAGUCUCAGUUUUUGUUUUUUGGUUUCCUGAAUUUUUGUUUCAUUUUAUUGUUUGCUUUGAAAGAAAAACCAGAAGCCCAAAUCAAGGAACUUCAAAAGAAAUCGUUAGCAGUUUUUGAAUUGAAGCUCAGUACUUUAGAAGGAGCAGAGUCAAUUGCAGCCAUUGAAGAAGAACUGGAAAAGAUCAGAGGAAGCUGAUGUUUGCUCUGUUUUCUUCUUGGAGAAUCCAAAAUGAUAUUGUGCCAAGCAAAACUAUCCUUCUCAGUAACAAUAGCAAUUCUUUUGGUCAUCUCCCAAGCAAAAUCAGUUAACUCAGAGAAGAACCGGUGCAAAGGUUCCUGCGUAAAAGGCAAUUUCUCAACAACCUUACCGUUUCCAUUCGGGUUCUCACCGGGUUGCCCCAUCCAACUCAACUGCAGCUCAGACGGAGUCCGGAUUGGAGAAUUCCUUGUCCUGAAUGUAACUUCUACGGAUAUCAUCAUCAAACUUCCCGUCGAAUGCGGACGACGGCUUGCCUCACUUUCAGUUCUGUUCGGUGAAAACUACGCGGUCUCUGUCGCUAAUAAUCUUCUGCUCCAAAACUGUACGAAGCAGUUACCAGCUCCUUGUGAAAUACGUUCGAAGUUUUUAGAAAGAUCAUUUUUGCCUAACUCUUGCAUUGAUAAGAGUGAUAAUAUAACUUGUUUUGCUGGCGGCGAUGGUGAGCAGUUGUUGAAUUUCAAGGAAGUUAGUAAUACGCAGUGCCGUUUCUUGUUCUCGUCGACUUCGAUCGUAGUUAACUCGGCUAGUAACUCAGUGGUUUCUUUGGAGUUGGAACGAGUUAAAUUGGCAUGGUGGGUUGAAGGGACGUGUAGCUGUGAUGCAAACGCUAAUUGUACAAAUGUUAAGAAAGGUAACAGAACGUUGGGGUUCACGUGCCUUUGCCAUAAAGGGUAUGAAGGUGAUGGGUUCAAAGCAGGCGGUGGUUGCCGGAGAGUUCCUCACUGCAAUCCUUCAAAAUACAUAUCUGGCAAAUGCGGGGGAACUACAAGAGUUGGUGUCCUGGUUGGAGGGCUUAUUGCUGGAGCUUUGCUGACGGGUGGUGUGGCUCUUUUAUGUUGCUAUGUGCGACGGCGUUCUAGUUCCUUGAACAAACAGAUGAGUGCAAAGCGCCUUCUAUGUGAAGCUGCAGGCAACUCAAGUGUUCCAUUUUAUGCCUACAGAGAAAUUGAAAGAGCUACUAAUUGCUUCUCUGAUAAACAAAGGCUGGGGACUGGAGCCUAUGGUACAGUUUAUGCAGGAAAACUCCACAAUGAUGAUUGGGUUGCCAUAAAAAGAUUCAGAUAUAGAGACCCUGACAGUAUUGACCAAGUAAUGAAUGAGAUUAAGCUGCUUUCCUCUGUCAGUCACCCGAAUCUUGUCCGCCUCUUAGGUUGCUGCAUAGAGGAGGGCGAACCCAUCCUGGUCUAUGAAUUUAUGCCUAACGGAACUUUAUCCCAGCAUCUGCAAAGAGAGAGGGGUGAAGGACUUCCGUGGACAGUAAGGCUCACAAUCGCUGCUGAAACUGCCAAGGCUAUUGCCUAUCUUCACUCUGUGAAUCCACCUAUUUUUCACCGAGAUAUAAAGUCUAGCAAUAUACUCUUGGAUUUCAGCUAUAGAUCCAAGGUAGCUGAUUUUGGUCUUUCCAGGCUUGGGAUGUCUGAAUCAUCCCACAUCUCAACUGCCCCUCAAGGAACACCAGGCUAUCUUGAUCCUCAAUACCAUCAGUACUUCCAUCUGUCAGAUAAAAGUGAUGUCUACAGUUUCGGGGUCGUUCUUGUGGAGAUAAUAACUGCAUUGAAAGUGGUCGACUUCUCACGUCCUCAUAGUGAGGUAAACCUGGCAGCACUCGCUAAUGAUAGGAUAGGAAGAGGCUGUGUCGAUGAGAUACUCGAUCCAUACCUUGAACCACAUAGGGAUGCUUGGACACUUUCAUCAAUUCAUAAUGUGGCCGAGUUAGCAUUUAGAUGCCUUGCUUUCCAUCGGGACAUGAGGCCUACCAUGACCGAGGUUGCGGAAGAGCUAGAACACAUCCGGCUCAGCGCUUGGGUACCCGGCAUGUGCAUCGAAUCACCAACAGCUUCCUCUUGUCCAUCCUCCGAUGAUGAAAGUGAGAGAUCCCUAAGGACCAAGACAAGCAAGAAGUCAGUGGUGGGAAGCCAGAGAUUGAUUGUGAAGCAAAGGGGAGGAGAUUGUCUGACUUCCUUAGAUGAAGUCAAAAACAGCUCCCCUGUUUCAGUCCAAGAUCAUUGGUUAAGUGAACAAAGCUCACCUUCAACAAACAGCCUGUUGGGCAAUGCAUCCCAUCGAGAAUGAGAUCUCACAACAUCCCUUUGCCUUUUGCUUGCUUGCCUCUUGACAAGUGUUUCAUUAAUAGCAAUUAGUAAAGCCAUUACUUCUUAUUUUAUACAUCAAUUCUGAAGUUAGAAAGCA